UGCAGUGUCCCAAAAAGGCUAGCCAAAGAUGCUGCUGAUCUGCGGGUGGGUGUAGACGCGCAGUCGGGCGCGCCCGUGCCUGCUCCCCUCCGCGCGCCUGGCGCGCCCCGCCGCCCGUCCCGCCGCAGAGGAGCGGGGCUCAGGCCCCCGGCCGCGCGCCAGCCUCAGGGGUCCCCUGUCCGCCCCGCACUUCCAAGCCGCGGUCGGGUCUGCGGGCGCUCGUCGUGGCUCACCAUGCACUGCCACGCCGAACUGAGACUGAGCUCGCCGGGCCAGCUCAAAGCAGCCAGGCGGCGCUACAAGACUUUCAUGAUCGACGAGAUCCUCUCCAAGGAGACCUGCGACUACUUUGAGAAACUUUCCCUCUACUCCGUGUGCCCGUCUCUGGUCGUGCGACCCAAGCCCCUGCAUUCCUGUACGGGUGCCCCUUCUCUUCGGGCCUAUCCUCUUCUCUCGGUGAUCACCCGACAGCCCACGGUCAUCUCCCACCUGGUCCCCACCACUGCAGGAAUUACCCCUGUGCUAUCCCGCCACCCAGCCACUGAGGCUGCCUCUGUGGAGGCCUCAGGAGGUGAGGCCUUAGCCAGCAGUGAGUCAGAGACAGAGCAGCCCACACCCCGGCAGAAGAAGCCUCGACGGAGUCGUACCAUCACCGAGCUGCAGCUCAUGGGCCUGGAGAAGAAAUUCCAGAAGCAGAAGUACUUGUCCACCCCAGACAGGUUGGACCUGGCCCAGUCUCUGGGACUCACUCAGUUGCAGGUGAAGACUUGGUAUCAGAACCGCAGGAUGAAAUGGAAGAAAAUGGUUCUUAAAGGUGGACAGGAAGCACCCACAAAACCUAAGGGUCGCCCCAAGAAGAAUUCCAUCCCCACAUCAGAAGAGAUUGAAGCUGAAGAGAAGAUGAACAGCCAGGCCCAGAGCCAGGAAUGCCCAGAGCCCUUGCAGAGACAGGAAAAGCUCUGUGAUGCCAAGGAAUCAAAAGCAUGUGACCUGCCCUUGGAGGUGGCAGAGCCAUCAGGCCAGCCCCAGGAGUCACCAGUACCCUCUACUGAGCCCCCACCACUAAGCUAAAAUAAAGUUAUUUGGCGGAAGGGGGAGACUGGGAAAGAGGGAGAAGAAAGAAGGUAGGGACUCUCAGGAGAGGAAACUUGUAAUAGUCUGGCAAGCUCGGGGAGAAGGUCUACCAGUCUCCAAAGGUUUAGCUGAACACUUGCUUGCCUUGGGCCUUUCUCUUCCUGGAAGGUUGUGUUAGCCACAGAUGCCCUUGGUUCAGGAAGGUGGCACCUUGGAGCUCUCUGCCUCAGCUGGGAUGACAGCUGUUGAGUGGGAUAUAAGCACCCUGCCUAUAUUUCCAGUGUUGUGUUGGCCUGCAAUGGAAGGCCACUCUUCCCUCCCAGCCACUCUCUGGGCAAGCUGAUCACCAAGAAAGAGAGAGAGGUGGUGAUACUUGGGGCCGCCUGCCCAGGCUCCUUGCUGACUCAGCACUUAUUUCUUUAGGUUUUUAA